AUGUCUUGUAUUUGCUUGGGUCCAAAGCGAGCUGGCAAGACGCACUUGCUCAAGGCCCUACAAGAUCCUGAUUCAAUUGAUGAGACCACGUACUCUAUGCCCACUAUUGGCACGGGUAUUUAUCGCAUAUAUUUUCCCACUAAAUCCCAUAACAGUGACAAGCCAAAGCCGCCACCUUCAGAUGCUUCAGCUGGAACGGGCGCAACCCAUGGAAAGCACCUCAAAAAAUUUAUACAAAUUCUCGAGAUUGGCGGCAGUAUGGCUCCGUUGUGGCGCCAAUAUUUCGAAGAUGUUCAGAAACUGAUCUAUGUGGUAGAUACAUCUAAUCUCUGUCAGAUUUCGGCCGCUGGUGUUCUAUUCUACUCCAUUCUGACAGAGCCGCGCCUACAAAAGGUAAAGAUUCUAUUGGUUCUCACCAAAAUGGACUAUUCCUAUCGACAGAUGCGUAACGAGGCGCUGCUAAUGCUGCAAAUGUCCAAACUACAAAAGCAGAUACGCCAGCAGGUAACCAUUGUGGAGGCCAGUGCUGUAACCAAAGUGGGUCUCGACAACAUAUACGAGUGGUUAAAACGACCUUAA